UGGAAAAAAUAUGCUAUUAAAUAAAUUAAAAAUUAAUAAAAAUAUUUGAAAUUAAACAUGUCGAGUAUGGAAGAGAAGCCCGAAAUAGGUAAACACAUAGCAUCUGAUAUACUUACUCGACACUUUUUCUUAUAUAUUUCGCAUAUAAAGCGAGCAUUUGACAAUUUCAAUCAAUGUAUGGAUAAAACAAUUGUUCAGGCUUGGAUUAAUAAACUAAUGGAGUGCCCUCAUCCAAACAAUUUUAAAGCAACUAAACGUAAUAUGUAUUUGGCACAGUUACUAAUACAUUUAUAUGACGGAAAGUUACGAGCUCCGUUUACGCGAAUGCCAUCUAAUAAACCCUUAGAGACCUUUGACGAAUUACCGUUUUACGGAAAACCGGAUACACUUAUGGAAAAUAACGUAACUCCUGAAGUAUUCAACCGAGAAUUAGCAUUAGAUGAACUUAAUUAUAUUUCAUCGGAUGAACGGACAUAUAUAGCCGUUCAGAGUUUGAAUGAUGGCUUUACAGUAUUUGGAUAUGUAGCAGUUACCAUUGGACAUGUAUGUACGGAUCCGCUGUGGUUGAAUUCCCGAGGAGAAACUAUUAAAAGUCCAAUACCUACUUCUCAAGAUUUGCCAGUGAGCUCUCCUUUACCAAAGAACUCACAAGAAAUUGAGUUAGUCUUAAUUGACAAGCAGGCAAGCAAUGGCCUGGACAUUUUAGUAAAAGAAAUAUGGGAUGUGUUAUCUGGACGACAUACCCCAGACAUCAGGGAACGUGCUAGUGGUUUUUAUCUCACGCUAUAUACCACUAUCAAACAAGAGAUGCUCAUUGAACAGAAUAAUCUACGCUCGACCAAAUGCCAAGAUCCUUUUGUUAAUAGGCUGAUAUUUUUCUUGAUAGAAGAUUUAAUGGCUCAGGGUGUAUGUGACACCGAGGCGUUCCAUCGAUUCAAUCAACUAUCAAUGUUAAAAAAACGAAUCAAAGCUAUUAUUGUUGAAAUUGAAACCAGACGACGGGUUUUUGAAGAAGUCAAAAAGUCAAUAAUAAUGCCUAAAAUGCAAUUUUAUCUACAUCCAUCGAUUAACUGUUCAACCGUUAUAUCUGAGAUGAUAUUACAGGAAACACUUAAAAUGGACCCAAAAUCAACGAAUUUUCUAUUCACACAAUAUCCUUUGUGUGUGGUAAAAAAAUUUAAGAUAAUGAUUGUAAGUGAAAAAAAACGCAUAAUGCAGUUAAUCAAAAUACGUUUGGACAGUGUAACACGUGAGAUGUACAAAGAUUUGAGAGAAUCGAUAAGACAAGGUUUGCGUGACUAUCAAGCCGCUCGAAAUGAAUGGCUCAGGGCUUGGCGAGUAAUCAAAGAAUACGAAGAAGCAUUAAAGAUUAGAGACAAAUUGACAUUGACUGCAAAUUACCAAAAUAUCAACGACAAAUUUUUGGAAAUAAUAAAAAAUGAAAUUGAUAUAGCCAAAAUUCGUUCUAAGAACACUAAAGAAAAAAACAACAUACUUGAAAAUGAAAUUUAUUUGCUGAAUAAAAAGAUACAUGAACAAAAUAAUAUAAAUGUAUCGGAAACAACACACGCAGAAGAACAAAAAAAAAUGUAUUUAAAUGAAAUAACAAAUAAAAACAUAGAAAUACAUCUCAGGAUAGCUACCAUCGAUCAUCUGAAAUCUAUUAUCAGCAUUGACUAACUGUAGUAUUACCUAUUUCAAAUAAAAUCUUAAUAUAUAUCUUAAAACAUUAUAAAAGUAAAUAUAUUUAAAUAUUUUUUUAUUUUUUAUUUCUUAUUGGUCUAGAGCCCGGCAACUAUGGUCAUUAGCUAUUGUAGGGGUUACGGUUGGUAGGGUUGGAACGGUUGGUAUGGUUGGUUGGGAACACGUGUAUAUGUCGCAAGAUUUUUUGCCACUAUAUAGACCCGGGUGGUCACCCAUCUGGGAACUAGUGGCUGCGACCGUUGCUUACUCUCAAUCACGUUACGUGAUUGAUUUCAGCCACUGCGCCGGCACGCGGCGCCGAACCACAUUUAUAUAUUAUGUUUAUGUGUUAUGUAUAAUUGACAAUAUUGUAUUAGGAGGUACCUUAAUUUUAAAACUAUAAUACUAUAAUAUUGUCAAAACCUACCUAUAUUAUAAAUUAUAAUACUGCUUAGAUAUAUGUCAUAAAUCAAUAUGUUAAAAUUAACAUUUAAAUUAAUACAAGUUAUGAUAUUAAAAAAAACCCUUUAGUGAGGUAGGUACCUAGUACCUACCUAUAUAUUGACUGUUGUAAAUUAUAUCUGCGUAUCGAAAGUAUUUUUAUUAGGUUUAACAGUUUAUAGAUAUUAAUUUGUUGGUCUUAAUGAUGUGUUUAUUUUAUACCAGAAAAAAGUCUUCAAUAUUCAAUAUUGAGCUAGGGUCGUUUCGGGUAGCAAUUGGAUCUAGUUUAUACUUAGUGAGGUUAAAUAAUAUAAUGUACGAUAUUAUUCAAAAUAAUCGUUAAAAACAAAACAAUGAAAAAUCAAACAUUAUAUUAUGGUAAAACGCCAUAAUACGAUUUUAAUUAUUCGUUGUAAUUCAAAUAUGAAUAGCAGUAGACAAUUGAAAUUCUGAAAAGAAUAUUUAUACCUAUCAUCAUCAUAAUUAUAUGGUAUCAUUUUCUUAAUUAUAUGGUAUAAUUUUCAAGAAAUUUUUAGUUAUUAGGAGUUUAGCUAU